GUUUCUUUUAUAACCUGUCAUUUUUCUAUGCCGAAGGAGAAGAGUAGAAAGUCCUCAAACGAAUUGGGGACCGUCCCAUUACAUCCACUGGCCCACUGGCAGUCGAUACGCUCUCCCACCUUCCUAGUCGAAGCGCCACAACCUCAAGAUAACUCCAGUACUGGAAAAUGGUUACAAACACAGAAUAUGCCAAUGGCACAUGACGUCCCUCCACAGAACAAAGUCGAUAGAACUACGGCGGAAAAAGGAAUCGGUCAACCACUUACAAAAGAUCUAUUGCGAAGAAAGGACAGAAUAGAUAGGUUUGCAGAGGAAGUUUUCCGCCCUCAAAUUGAACAGUUUGAGAGGCAAGCUUCUUUUUCCAGACCCAAUAUAAAGAGGAGAUAUUCUUUAGAUUUCAACAACUUGGAAUCUGGAUUUGCCGACGACGCCAGAUCGUCGACGACCAGUUCGCCGUUACUUAAACAUACAACUCGUAACUCUUCUAUGCUCAGUAUCGACAGGUCAUCUAUAUUUCGAAGCGAUCAAAGCGACAUAUUCAAGAACAAUAUUGCCAUGGGCUCCAUGGCUACAACGCCAUCGCGAGCCAACUCGGAAAUAUCUGAAGACGAAGACGAUACAAUGGAUGAUACCGAAGCUAUCAAUCACAUUUGGUUACAGUUGCCACGAUGGUCGACCAAUUCUGGCUUUACUUCCAUGCUAUACCGGAUUGCUUCUCGUUGUGUACGUUCCCGACAAUGCGAAAACAUUCAAUUUUUGCUGGACCUAUCAUCAGACAGUAUAAAGCAGGCGGCGUUGAACAUUGGUGCUGUGCACGAAUUUCGAAAUGCAUAUAUUCGAGAUCAUGCACUCCACCGGCAAGAACAGCGUAGAUCAUCCAUACAUAACAACAACCGAAAUGAUUUUUAUGCGCCCAGUAUUCUAUCCGUGAAUACCAAUGUCAGUGGCCACAGCCAUUAUAAUGUAGAAGGGGGAAAUGCAGACUCCAUACAUAUGACACCUCGCUAUCAAUGGAGCAAUCCUAGCAGUAAAUCUUUUCAUAUAACGCCGAGAAGUAGUGUAUCAUCAUUAGCACUGUCCAGUCCGAAGUUAACCGAUAAGAGGAUUUCCGGAAGCUCAGCAUCUAUCAACCAGGGACGGAGAAGCUGUGAUGUGGUGCAACAUGAUAGCCUACAAUCGAUUGGCGAACCAUCAAGUCAGGAUACUAAUGGCAAACCUUUGCAGCCAUCGAAGCUAAUGAAGCUGGGAAUAUUAGAUAAUGCUGAAGAAGAACCUAUUGUCCACAAGGGGAAUAUUCGGUUCGAGCAUACGUCGUUGAUUUUCCUCUCACACACCAACAAAUUGAGACUCUUCUUGUGGACAAUUAUCGGGAAAUGGUGGUUCGAUUCUAUCAUCUUCGUACUGAUAGUAGCAAAUUGGGCACUGAUGUCCUUCGAGCCAAUUUAUGUGACGGAAGACAAAACUGUUUGGACCGGUAGUGGUGAGGAGAUUACACUCUGCGUUAUAUACUCCAUCUAUACGUUGGAAAUGAUUAUCAAAAUCAUUGUAUAUGGAUUCAUCAACUUUAACGAUGGUCUGUGGUCGCUGUUUUACUUUUGGAAAUCAAGCAAGGGUAAUGGAGAGGCGAAAGAUAAUCUGGAAGAGUUACCUGGUCAAAGACAGCAGCGUUUUGGACCAAAUGAGAUACCAGUAUCUCCAAUGCCACUUUUUACUAGUCAUCCACGCUCCUCUGUGGAUCUUGGCAAAUUCAAUGUACCAAAUAUCGACGAAGAACCAUUACCUGCUUUGGCUGGCAAACGAUCGGAAAAAUGUCUAACGGACGACGAUGGAAUUCUCGUCAUAUACCACAACGUUUACUUGAGCAGCGGCACAAAUAUAUUGGAUCUAGUAGUUGUGGUCGCUUAUUGGGUCGACUUCAUUCUUAUUCAUUUUGACUAUCCAUGGUGCUCAUUUUUCAAAGGCAUAGCUGCAAUGAAGUGUUUUAAACUUCUCUUUCUUACAGAAGGAACAUCAGUAAUAAUGCAGUCUCUCUCUGAAUGCAGCGACAUGCUCUGGAAUGCGCUCUUCAUUUUCUUCUUCUUCUGGGUGCUGUUUUCGCUGGUCGCUUUGUUCAUUUUCCAAGAGAACUACGCAAGAAGAUGUGUAGUCUAUGAUGACGGCCUGCCAAACGGUCAUUGGGAAGAUUUUGUAGUGGUUGAACCUGAGUUGUUUUGUAGCGGUUUUUAUUCUGAGGAUCCGUCAGAUGGUUCAAUAUACCUACAAGGGCCAUACGAUCUACCCAGCCAAGCAUUUGUCCGAACAGGUACCGGUCUCUUUUGCAAAGUUGGCCAAUUUUGUAUUCAAGACGGCUCCCUUGCACCAUACUGGAAUUAUCUCAAUUUUUUCAACAUCUUUUACGCAAUGGUCAACGUGUUUACGGUAAUUUCCAUCGAAGACUGGUCCUAUAUAAUGUAUGACGCCCAGGAUGGCACCUCAACCAUUGGAUCACCGAUAUUCUUCUGUCUAUGCAUUUACUUUAUGUCGUUCAUUAUGGCUCCAUUGUUUAUUGCUGUUAUUACCACAUCGUUUGCGAGAAUUCGGGGACAGUCUAAGGCGAGUGCGUUCACAGCAAAAAAAAGGAAGACAAAGACAAGACAACUGCAAACGGAUGAAAAGGGCGGCCAGUGGAAGAUUGACACAGGCGAAGGAAUGGACAACAUAGCCAAGAUUCGGGUAUACUGCCAUUAUCUGGUCUCUAGUCAAUAUUUCUUCAUAGCCAGUCAUGUGCUGGUUGCUGCCUACUUACUGACAAUGAUGGUGAAAUCAAAAAGACAUGAACAGUGGUUUUUAACUACGCAGCUUAAUGCCUGGUAUAUUUUGGAAAUCAACUUCACACUAAUCUUACUCGUGGAAAUUAUGCUUCGAUUUUAUGGUGCCAUACCAUAUGAUUCCUUUUGGGAGCAUAAAAGGAAUAUCUUAGAUUUCGUAAUAGCCAUUUCGACAUGUAUCAUACUGAUUCCACCCAUCAGAAACAGCCCGGCUUAUCGAUACUUGACGAUAUUUCAAGUUGUGCGCUCAUACAGGAUCAUAUACUUGCUACCACCGGUUUAUCAUCUGAUUGCGAAUGUCUUGGGCGACGGCGAAGGUGUGCUGAAUUUGUCGUUCUUCACAUUUCUUGUACUUUUCUUAUUGUGUCCUGUUGCUAUGCAACUCUACGGAGGAGACUUUACGCAUGUCGCCGCCACAGAUGAGCCCGUCAUGCGCUUUGACACGUUUUAUCAAAGCUUUUUAGCUUUGUUUCAGAUUUUGACAGGUGAAAAUUGGAACGAAAUACUGUACGAUACCAUGCAAAGCCAAGCAAAUAUAUCAACAGUGUAUGCAGGAUUAUUCGCUAUUUUCUUUUAUUUUGUAGGACACUAUGUCGUGCUCAACCUCUUCAUCGCCAUCGUCAUGGAAAACUUCGACAUGGAUGAGGAUGAAAUGAGAAAGUUGCAAAUCCAAAAAUACGUCAGUGAAAAUAAGUCAAAGCCUGUAAAGAUAGAGAUGGAUAUGAUUGGGAGGCUCGUAUUACCAUUGUGCCACGAAGAGGACAAGAAACCAUUAUCUAUGUCUAAGCUACCUCCAGAUCUGCUGCUCAAUACUCCACAGAAGGACUUUAUCAAAUUCUUGGAUGCGAGGAACGCACAUGAUGUCCCGGAAUCUAAAAAAGCUGGGACACCACGACCUCCGGCGUAUUUAGCCAUCGAAAAUCGUCAACCUACAGAAAUUAAAACUGAAGAAGAUGAUUAUUUAGCGAACCUGGAAAAAGAAUACAAAGAGAUCCAAGUUGAGAACGAAGCUAAAGUCAGGACAUUACUUUUCUUCGCAGAUGACAGCAAAGUUCGAAAUAUAUGUCGCCGCAUUGUCGGAUCUGCAUCCGACCCAGAGCUUGAGAAAAAGAACCUGUAUAAUUGGUUUAUCUUCACCUGUAUCCUACUCAGUGUCAUCUUGAUGGCAAUUGAAGAUCCUGUAGAUCGCUUCGAAGACACCCUUCCGAUACCUUUAGAAGCAUUUUUCUUCACAGAGAUCUCCUUAUUGGCCAUUUUUAUCCUCGACAUCCUCAUACAUAUCAUUGCUGAUGGUCUUCUUAUUUUACCGACAUCUUAUCUGCGCAACUGCUGGAACAUUUUCGACUCGAUUGUGGUUUUAAUUCAAAUAGUGGCAGUAUUUGUGCCAUUAAUGGGCGACAGUCGUGCCGUACCGCUGAUCGAAAGUAUGCGUGGAUUGCGUCUGUUUCGAAUUGUUCGCUACUUUGAGGGAAUUCGCACCAUGUUCGUGGAUCUGCUUCAUGGUAUUCCAAACAUCAUCUGCGCUAGCGUAUUGAUGCUGGUCAUGUACAUCCCAUUUGCGCUCUAUGGAGUCAAUAUCUUUGGCGGAAGGUUUUAUUUUUGCAACGACGGAGAUGCCAACGGAAUCGAUGAUUGCUUUGGAGAAUUUGUUGAAGUUGAUGCUCUGUCUAUCUAUCAACCUAGAAUAUGGGCCAAUCCAUAUGGAUACUCGUUCGAUACCUUUGGCGUAGCUUUGCUACAUCUUGUUGAGAUUACGUCGGGCGAAGGAUGGGUCAACGCCUUGUUUUCUGCUAUGAGCAUUCCGUCAGCAAUAGGUCAACAACCACGAUUUGAUUGGAACUAUGCAGCCAUUUGGAACUCGUUGUUUUAUGUUGCAUUUAUGUUCUUGGGAUCAAUCUUCAUUUUGCAAUUGUUCAUUGGUGUCAUUUUGGAGAACUUUAAACGACGAAGCGGUAUAUCAUCUCUCACAUCGGCGCAACGUCAAUACCAAGAUAUUCAAAGGCGGUUGGCGUCCAUUAAACCGUUCAGAUUGACUGUCAGACCGAAAACAAAAUUUAGGGCUAUGUGCUAUGAUAUGGUGAUUGAUAAAUAUGGAACAUAUUCAAAUUGCAUGUCUGGCGUUGUCAUUUUGAAUAUUGGUUUAUUUGCAAGUGAAUUUUAUCGACAACCGUCUUGGUUGAGCACUUUUCAAGACGACGCCUAUGUUGUAUUCAUUGGCAUCUAUACAGUAGAUGUUAUUAUCAAAAUUACUGCUUUAGGAUUUGCACGCUGGUUUGGAAACAAAUGGAAUAUAUAUGAUGCGGUUGUCACCUUCAUGGCCUUGAUGACAAUCAUACCAAGGUUUAUUGUGACGGAUGUCCUCCCUCUUUUUCUGGAGAAAUUGGUGUUGAUUGCAUUGGCAUUCAGACUUGCUCAACGAAGUCCAGUCCUACAUGAAUUGUUUCUUACCGUUCAGCUGUCGAUUCCAUCCAUCAUUAAUGUAUCAGCAGUCUUCGCCCUCACGCUGUUUUGCUUUGCAAUUAUCUUCAAUCAAUUCUUCGCUUUGGUGCGAUUUGGCCAGUACGGUACUGUUCACGCAAAUUUUCGAACGUUAGCUACCUCGCUUCAAACACUUUUUCGAAUGACUACAGGCGAAGAUUGGAAUGGCUUGCUACACGACUUUACUGUUGACUACCCAAACUGUGUAGCAAAUGUGUCGUACUAUGUCGACUGUGGUUACCCCGUUUUUACAUAUGUUUUGUUUCUCGUUUUCUAUUUCAUAUGUACCUAUAUUUUUGUGAAUUUGCUGACUGUGGUUGUCAUCAGCAAUUUCUCUUAUGCAUUCGAUCGACGAAACGUAUCAACCUUGCUAACACCAAAUGAUUUACGACAAUUCAAAUUUGCCUGGUCUAAACUGGACCCUACCGCCACUGGAUACAUUCAACAGAAGGAUAUUGGAAAGUUACUGCAUAUAUUGGAGGGAAAGCUAGGCAUACGAAUAUACCCCAAACACUUGAGUAUACCAUCUCUGGUGGAGAAAAGCCGCAGACCAUGGAAUUAUCCCGAUAUAGAACCAGAAACACUUUAUCAAAAAUACUUGUCGAACUUGUACAAACAUUUAUCUAUACCUCAUUUUAACACCGAGGAAGUCGCUAAAGCUCUGUCGACUAUGGAUACUAAUGCGGUCAAAGAAGCUAGGAGGAUUUUUAAUUUUAAGUACAAGGAACUGGAAUCAUGUGUUGGACCUCGAGGACUCCCUUUCAGUGUUGCCAUGAAAGCACUUGCACUUUCACUUGUGGACAUUGUUCAAUCUCUUACUUUGAAUGACCUUGUGGAACAAGCAACUCACGAAGCUCUUAUCAAAGAAGCUGUGGCUCUUGAAAAGGCUCGGGGAGUGUUUUUGACCACUAUACAACGCAGAAGGUUCCUUCAAUGGCAAGAAAGUAAUAUAGAGAACAAGCCACUCGACAUUCAGUAUGAUGAUGUCAAGUUCUCACCUACGCUGCAUGACUUGGAACGAUUAAAGCCAUUUCAGCGCUCAGGUCAUACUGCGAUUGAUAUUCCAAGCAUUAUCGUCAGCAACAAGCAUCCUCAGCAUCAUCCGAAUGAAGGUGACGAUACUGCAGAUUAUUUGCAUCCAAAUACAGCGAGACCCAAUUCUACGAGAUACAGAAGAGGUUCAGAUACUUCGUCCGCCAGUAGUGGGCAUAGCCAGCUACACCCAAUCACAACUUCCAGUUCACCGACAAAGUCUUUGAGCAGCUAUGGCAGUGGUGGAUCGGCUGCCAACAGUUUACCAAAUCUGCUUCUGAGUCCGCCUAUGAGUCCGAGCUACGAUAUUCCACAAGGCAUAACGGGUGAUGUUCUCGAAAAUAUGGAAAACAGUGAAUGGCAACAGAUACUUCGCGAUGCUGAUAAAGAUUAGAUAUACAUAAUCAGGAUGUUAUAUAUAUAUAUAUUGGAAGGGCUUGUCAAGCCAGACAUGGAGAAACAUAAUGAAGUUAUUUGCCAGUGCAUGUAUGAUAUGAUAAUCUUUUGUAUUAUAUAAUUGGAAUC